AUGAGUUCGAAGAUUAUUGUGGUCGGAGACGUAAAUGGCCAGUUUGUCGACGUAUUCAAGAAGAUAUCAGCACUGCAUGCGAAAAACGCCUUUUCCUUCGCCUUGAUCGCAGGCAAUCUUUUCAGCGACCCCGUGACAGCAACGGAUCAAGAUGAUGAGAACGUCAAGAACCUGGUAGAAGGGAAGAUUGACGUGCCGCUGCCAACGUACUUUGCCUUGGGGAGCCAUGGACUUCCACAAACAAUCAUUGACAGGCUCGAGUCAGCAUCAGGGGAAGUGUGCCCCAACCUGUACUUCCUGGGGAAGCGAACCACCAUCAAGACAUCUGAAGGGAUCAAGAUUGUCGCUCUAGGUGGCAACCUCGAUGCCAAAAUUACAGCCGAGAUAUCCAAAGACAAGUAUUCGCCAUUCUACAGUGAGGAUGACGCCAAAGUGCUACGCGGUGCCAACUCGGCGGACAUACUGGUAACCAGUCAAUGGCCGGCCGCAAUUCGAACAGGAUCAAAGAUCGAAGUGGAGUUUUUUGGACGAGAUCCCGCAUCACACCAGUGCAUCGCAGAUCUAUGUUCCGCUUUGAAACCACGCUAUCAUUUUUCGACCUCAUCAGAGGCCUUCUACGAGCGCGAGCCGUUCUUCCAUGCUCCUUCAGAGGCCGUACCUGACACCUACCCGGUGACUCGCUUUCUAAGCUUGGCAUCAUACGGCAACGCCAAGAAGCAGAAGUGGAUAUACGCUUUCUCCAUCGACUCCUCGGCUGCGCCUGCUGUAGCGAUACCCGCCGGAACAACAUCCUCGCCUCUCUCAUUCGUUGGUAAGAAAAGACCUGCUCAGCCGAGUCAGGAGUCAUCUUACAGAUUCUCGACCGACUCGAGUCACCACCGCCGACCACAUAAGCGGGCGCGGGCUGCGCCGCCAACGCCAGGGGAGUGCUUCUUCUGCUUGUCGAACCCCAACCUUGCAACACAUCUCAUCACCUCGAUCGGCACCGAUGCGUACCUGACCACCGCAAAGGGGCCUUUGAGUACGUCGAGCACCUAUGAUUCACUGAACUUCCCCUCGCACAUUCUCAUCAUCCCGCUAACGCAUGCUCCCACUCUGGCUGCAAUACAACCCGAUGACGACCGUCGGAAUGUGUACAACGAGAUGCAGCGAUACCGUAAAGCGCUGCAAAGCAUGAUCACGGUUAUCGGCGGUUCCAAGUUAGGAGCGGUGACGUGGGAAGUCAGCCGCGCUGGUGGCAUACACACUCACUGGCAGUUUCUCCCAGUUCCAGUGGACCUUGUCAAACGCGGUUUGGUUGAGGCUGCUUUCAAAGUGGAAGCAGAGAAUGAAAGAUACCCGGCUUUUCAGAAGAGGGACGUUGGCGAUGGCGUGGAUGAGCAGAGUGAUUUCUUCAGGGUGCUUCUUUGGAGCCCUCCGACAAAGGCAACUGGCGAAUCAGAUGACUCGGACAAGGCAUGGAUGGAGGGGAGUCAGACAUCUCUCGUGUUACCGCUUGAUGCGUCAUUCCGUUUCGAUCUCCAGUUCGGCCGACGAGUACUCGCAAAGCUGCUGGGGCUUGAGAAAAGGGCGCACUGGCAGGAUUGCGGGCAGACGCAUGAGGAUGAAGUCGCGGAUGCUGAGGAGUUCAAAAAGGCUUUCAAGCCGUUUGAUUUCUCACUUGAGGAAUGA